UCUUUAUAUCAUCUUAUUCGCACCCAUUCCCUCGUCAUGUCCUGGAACUGGCGCUGGUCCUACAGCUCCUGGGGAUCUGAUUGGACCGCAACGGCUGGAACGCACGAACGCUACGGCUGGUGGACGCCGGAGACACCAGCUGACCGGCCACCGGAGGCUGAAGCCUCCCAGGUGGAGGCGCCCAGCGUGCCGCGCGCGGGUGGGGAGAGGGAGCGGAAGGACCUGGCGAUGCAGGAGCCCUACGCGGAGGAGCUGCGGCAAUGGCUGCGGAGCAUCGACGCGUCGCUGGAGGAUCGAUACUUUCCGAUCCUGGAGGAGCACUAUGAUACCCUGAGCCAAAUCAAACGCGUGUACCUCUUCCACGACGAAUCCGGACCUCACUUGGAUGCUCAGUUCUUCGAGGACAAUCACAUCGAUCGACCUCACCAGCAACUCUUCCGCGCUGCUCUCGAGCGCGGACUGAGCCGUCUCGACCGAGCCGUCUCCGCCGUCUCAGCGACGUCGGAACUGCCGGAAAAGGAAGGCCCUGCGACGGCGGGCGACGCGGCCAACGCGGGAAGUGCGGCAAUGGACGCAGCAACUGAAGCUGCGAGCGAUGCAUGGAAGAAGGAGUGGAGUAAGGAGGACUGGUGGCGGUGGAAUAAUUGGAGCCCUGGAUGGAACACCUGGAGCUCCGGAUGGAACACCUGGAGCUCCGGAUGGAACAGCUGGUGAUCCAAAGCGCGGGAAUCGCCUAGCGAUCGUGAGCGAGUGCGGCUGACCUGCGGUUGGUUCAC